GUUAUAUCCCGCUAGAGAAAUUGUUCAACAUGAAAUUACAGAGAUGGAAUUAACCAGAGAGGAGACUAUUGUUAAAUUUGCCAAUAUUGAGCCAACAGCACCAACAAAUUCACUAUCUCAAUGUUACUGCUACGUCUUUCAACGAAGAACGGAUGAAUAGAAUCCAGUACAUUUCCUGGAUAAUCUUGCUGAAGAACUCUACCUGACCACUGCUAUAAUGAUUUACCAACAAAAUAUGGCUUAUUAUCGUCUUCAACAACACAAAAAUAGAAUGAUUGAUGCAUGUCAUACAGGAACGGAACAGGAAGUUGAAGAGAACUCAUGCCCAACGACUACACCGCCAAACCAUUUCGGAACUGUUCGAUACUCCAAUGUCAAACUCCAAGAUCUGAUGACGAUAGUCAGUCAAGAUGAUCCAUCAACGUCGUAUUUGUGUUGACUAGACUGGCAAAUAUAAAGAGGGAUUCCCAAGAAAGACUCCAUACUUGGCGAAAUUUAGAUUGGUAUCAUUCUGACAUAGCCUCACCAUACACUGAAUUGCUACCGCAUAUACGAAAUCACCAUUUUGUUAACGGACGGAACUGGCACAUAGUCAGUACCCGACGUGCCGUACAGCGCAAGUUGAUCACGAAGGUAGCGAUGAUUCGAGAUUUACGAGAUCGUUAGCGGAGAUCAGAAUCGCCUUCACUGUACUGAAGCACUACAGAUCAAGCUGUCCGUAUACAUUGCUGUACAAUCAU